AUCAAGAAAUUCAGAAAUACGAACAAGAACUCGAAAAAUGCAAGCAUUGUCAGCAAAUAAGGACACAGAUCCAAUCCCUCAAGAAGGCCAUCGAAGCAAUGAAAUCAACACAACAACCAAAACCAUCAGAGCUCAGCCAGCUAAGCGUGGUGGACAAAUCAGGAAAUUUUCAACCAAUUGAUCAAGUUCAAGAUUUAACAAUCUACAGUCAUGAAGGAAGGCUAGCCAGCACACUAGCAAGGGUCUUCGAAAGAACUCAAAAGAUAACAAGGGAAUCUCACACAAGAAUUAAUUAUAAAAGCAGAAAUACUUUGCUUGUGUCUAGUAAAAGGAAUGAAAUUGAAGAAAGAGAGAUGAGACUCUUAGUGGAAUUUGAAUCAGCAUUCUACAACUUAUCUGGACUCUUAGAAAAGCUCCCUGAAGGGAUAAAGAGGAAUCUCUGCUAUUUGAUAAAAGACAGAGAAGACCACAAGUGCCAGCUAUGCGUCUCAGAGUUAUCUGAAGAAAGCAAUAAUAAAACGAAAUCAACCCACAUGAUAAAGGAAGAAGACAACGCAUCUGAAGGUCACAUAAUGAAAGAGGAAGACAGCACAUCUGAAGCAUCUCUCAACAUUAUUGCAUAAUGACGUAAGCGCUUAGGUCAUAGAGCACC